UGAAAAGAAUGCUGCUUUGAGAAGCUGCUCUGCAAGCUGCAGACUUUCGCAAACUCAUGUUUACAGAAGACAUGGAUAAGACCUCUCUCCCUGCAUAGAGGCCUCUUCAGAAAGGUAAACAAACACUGAAGCAGCAAGUGUGGAGGGCUCCACUGCGGUCCCAUCAAUGAGAUAAAGAGGUCAGGGACUUCAACUCUUAAAAGGUAGAUUUUUUUUCUUUCCUCCUUCCUGUUGUGUUGUUCACCACAGGAGACCUGGCUCUCAAAACUCUCCUUUUUGCACAUGUCUCAGAGUCAUCCAUACCACAAUGGGAGAUUACGAAGAGGAAACAGCCUUCCUGGGCCAAAAUGGCCCUUUCUUCAUCAUAGUUUUUCUGCUUCUGAACGCCAUCUACAUUUCCACUGGUUUCCAUAGCUUCUACAUUGUGUUUGCUGGGGCCUCCCCUUCGCAUAGCUGUCAGGUCCUGGAUGGGAAUCUGAGUGAAGAAUGGAUUAAAGCUAGCAUACCUGUUGAGGAGAUGAAUGGAAAACUGGAACAGAGCAAGUGCUGGAGAUAUCAUUUAGACACAAUUAAACAUUUUGCCACUGAAGGUUACAACUAUGGUGAUAUAAACCUCACAGAGGUCUCAAAGGAGAGGUGUGCAGAUGGAUGGAACUACAGUACAGACAUCUACCACUCUACUAUUGUAUCUGAGUGGGACUUGGUUUGUGAAAGAGAAUGGCAAGUUCCAUUUGCCUCCUCAACUUUAUAUAUGGGCUACUUAGUGGGCUCUCUUGUUUCAGGCCAGCUCUCUGACAGGUUUGGGAGAAAGAAGGUUCUUUUCCUAUCUCUUGCUUCAGAGUCUCUUGUCAUCUUCGCUCAGUCAUUUUCUCAGUCAUGGCUGGUCUUCUGUACCCUAUAUUUCUUUGUGGGUGCCUUCCAGAUAUCUCUGUACAUCACAGCAUUUGUUCUUGGUACUGAGGUACUGAGUAAGUCCUUACGAGUUCUUUUUACUACCUUGGGUGCGUUUCUACACUACUGUAUUGGAUACAUGCUGCUCCCAUGGAUUGCCUUUGCAAUCAGAGACUGGCGAACUCUGCUCAGAGUGCUAUCAGGGCUAACACUGGCAUACAUCCCAUUAUGGUGGUUCAUUCCAGAGUCUCCUCGUUGGCUGAUCUCUCAGGGGAGAAUAGCAGAGGCUGAAGCCAUAUUGAAAGAUGCAGCUAAGAAAAACAAAGUCACUGCCCCUGAGAUCAUCUUCAAGGCAUCUGAGGUCAAAGCGGCACCAUCACACAUGAAAAAGUACAGUAUGAUUGAUAUUGUGAAGACCAGCAAUAUAUGCUGUACUACGUUCAUGUGUUUGUUACUAUGGAUGGCAAUAAACAUUGGAUAUUUUGGACUCUCCUUGAAUACAUCAAACCUUCUUGGUAAUCCAUUCCUGAACUGCUUUUUAUCAGCAGUUACUGAGGUACCUGCUUAUAUCAUUGCAACCUUGCUACUGAAGAACUGUCCCCGGAGACCUCUUCUCUCAGCAUUCCUCAGUAUAGGUGGAGGAUUCCUUCUCUUGAUCCAGCUAAUCCCUGACAGUCUUCAUACACUGGCACUGUCAUUAGAGAUGGCUGGAAAAUUUGGCUUCACCAUGUCCUUCACUGUGGUGUACAUCUACACGGCAGAGAUCUACCCCACUGUGCUUAGGAACCUGGGAAUUGGAAUGUGUUCUUCUGCUGCACGUAUUGGCAGCAUCACUGCACCUUAUGUCAUAUUCUUAGGUACGUUCAGUAAGUAUCUCCCAUACAUUCUGAUGGGAAGUCUCACCAUUGGCUCAUCCUUAGCAAACAUAUUUCUGCCUGAGACUUUUGGAAAAGUUCUGCCUGAAACUGUAGAACAGAUGCAGAAAUGCAAAGGCUGCUAUAGGGUAGAUGUUCCCAUGGCAGAAGAAGGCAAGAAAGAGGUCAUCCUAAAAGAAGACUCUGAAGCCACCACAGUGAAGAAAAGAUACAGUACUCAGGAGUAAAGACAAAUGUCUGAACAUUAGUAAAACCAAAUCUCCUUUUCCCACUGGAAAUGUGUUUUGCUUUGUGAAAAUUGGAAGGACAGACAAAAUUACAACCUAAUGUAUAGACAACCUAAUGUAUAUUAUUAUUGGAUGUUAUCUGUAAGCUUAUGUUUAAUAAUCGUGAAUGUCACAGGAUGUCUUGCUUAAGAUUUUAGGCUGUUAUAUAACAUUGGUGUUCUAUAUGUAAAAGAACUGCCAUCACAUGUGUUGUUUUGUAGCAUUUCUAUGCUCAUGUUAUUCUGCUAACUUUUAUACAGCAAAACUCAACCUACAAAACACAUGCUUUUCUUAUUUAUGGAUUUGUACAGAAUUAAUAUACACUAAUAUCUUAAUAAUGAUGUUAAUCACACCGAAUAAGUAAUCAUUUAUCAAAAAUGAAUGCUAAAUUUCACUUAACUAUGUAUUAUUUAAGCAGACAUUAAAACAGAGUGUCAUGUUUUGUGCGCAAA